AUGUUAACAUCAAAUCUCCAAUCUUUACAAGCCACAGAAUCAUCCACAAGUGCACAGACGACUAUAUCAGGAACACCCAUAUCAACAACAGAAAAGACUACUGGCAGCAUGAGUAUGUCAACAUUUGAAAGUACAACUGGGAGAACCACAUCCACUGAAACAAUGGAAUUGUCAACAAGUAGAGUGAAUAGCAGUACAACAGCAAGUAGCACAUCAGUUCCGGACUCUACAACAUCAGAAGCAUCCACUGCAACCACAAGUGCAUUCACAACUGAAAGUUCAUCCAGCACAGCGACAAUUCCAUCCACAACCAUCGAAACAACAGAAUCAUCCACAUUUGCAGAGACAAGCAGUAUCGUAAUGACGACUGCAGAAAGUACGCCAUCAUCAACAACAGAAAUCACUACAGGCAGCACGAGUGCAUCCACAUUUGAAAGUACAACAGAGACCACCACAGCUCCAACCACAUCACUUGAAACAACGGAAUUGACGACAAGUGCAGUGGCAAGCAGUACAACACCAAGUAGCACGUCAGUUGCAGCCUCGACAACAUCAGAAGCAUCCACAGCAACCACAAGUGCAUUCACAACUGAAACUUCAUCGAGCACAAUGCCAAUUCCUUCCACAACCAUCGGUGAGGAAACAACAGAAUCAAGCACAUUUGCAGAGACAAGCAGUAUCGUAAUGACGACAGCAGAAAGUACGCCAUCAUCAACAACAGAAAUCACUACAGGCAGCACCAGUGCAACCACAUUUGAAAGUACAACAGAGACCACCACAGCUCCAACCACAUCACUUGAAACAACGGAAUUGACGACAAGUGCAGUGGCAAGCAGUACAACACCAAGUAGCACGUCAGCUGCAGCCUCGACAACAUCAGAAGCAUCCACCGCAACCACAAGUGCAUUCACAACUGAAACUUCAUCGAGCACAAUGCCAAUUCCUUCCACAACCAUCGGUGAGGAAACAACAGAAUCAAGCACAAUUGCAGAGACAAGCAGUAUCGUAAUGACGACAGCAGAAAGUACGCCAUCAUCAACAACAGAAAUCACUACAGGCAGCACUGGUGCAUCCACAUUUGAAAGUACAACAGAGACCACCACAGCUCCAACCACAUCACUUGAAACAACGGAAUUGACGACAAGUGCAGUGGCAAGCAGUACAACACCAAGUAGCACGUCAGUUGCAGCCUCGACAACAUCAGAAGCAUCCACAGCAACCACAAGUGCAUUCACAACUGAAACUUCAUCGAGCACAAUGCCAAUUCCUUCCACAACCAUCGGUGAGGAAACAACAGAAUCAAGCACAUUUGCAGAGACAAGCAGUAUCGUAAUGACGACAGCAGAAAGUACGCCAUCAUCAACAACAGAAAUCACUACAGGCAGCACCAGUGCAACCACAUUUGAAAGUACAACAGAGACCACCACAGCUCCAACCACAUCACUUGAAACAACGGAAUUGACGACAAGUGCAGUGGCAAGCAGUACAACACCAAGUAGCACGUCAGUUGCAGCCUCGACAACAUCAGAAGCAUCCACCGCAACCACAAGUGCAUUCACAACUGAAACUUCAUCGAGCACAAUGCCAAUUCCUUCCACAACCAUCGGUGAGGAAACAACAGAAUCAAGCACAAUUGCAGAGACAAGCAGUAUCGUAAUGACGACAGCAGAAAGUACGCCAUCAUCAACAACAGAAAUCACUACAGGCAGCACUGGUGCAUCCACAUUUGAAAGUACAACAGAGACCACCACAGCUCCAACCACAUCACUUGAAACAACGGAAUUGACGACAAGUGCAGUGGCAAGCAGUACAACACCAAGUAGCACGUCAGUUGCAGCCUCGACAACAUCAGAAGCAUCCACAGCAACCACAAGUGCAUUCACAACUGAAACUUCAUCGAGCACAAUGCCAAUUCCUUCCACAACCAUUGGUGAGGAAACAACAGAAUCAAGCACAAUUGCAGAGACAAGCAGUAUCGUAAUGACGACAGCAGAAAGUACGCCAUCAUCAACAACAGAAAUCACUACAGGCAGCACCAGUGAAACCACAUUUGAAAGUACAACAGAGACCACCACAGCUCCAACCACAUCACUUGAAACAACGGAACUGACCACAAGUGCAGUGGCAAGCAGUACAACACCAAGUAGCACGUCAGUUGCAGCCUCGACAACAUCAGAAGCAUCCACAGCAACCACAAGUGCAUUCACAACUGAAGCUUCAUCGAGCACAGUGCCAAUUCCUUCCACAACCAUCGGUGAGGAAACAACAGAAUCAAGCACAUUUGCAGAGACAAGCAGUAUCGUAAUGACGACAGCAGAAAGUACGCCAUCAUCAACAACAGAAAUCACUACAGGCAGCACCAGUGCAUCCACAUUUGAAAGUACAACAGAGACCACCACAGCUCCAACCACAUCACUUGAAACAACGGAACUGACGACAAGUGCAGUGGCAAGCAGUACAACACCAAGUAGCACGUCAGUUGCAGCCUCGACAACAUCAGAAGCAUCCACAGCAACCACAAGUGCAUUCACAACUGAAACUUCAUCGAGCACAGUGCCAAUUCCUUCCACAACCAUCGGUGAGGAAACAACAGAAUCAAGCACAUUUGCAGAGACAAGCAGUAUCGUAAUGACGACAGCAGAAAGUACGCCAUCAUCAACAACAGAAAUCACUACAGGCAGCACCAGUGCAACCACAUUUGAAAGUACAACAGAGACCACCACAGCUCCAACCACAUCACUUGAAACAACGGAAUUGACGACAAGUGCAGUGGCAAGCAGUACAACACCAAGUAGCACGUCAGCUGCAGCCUCGACAACAUCAGAAGCAUCCACCGCAACCACAAGUGCAUUCACAACUGAAACUUCAUCGAGCACAAUGCCAAUUCCUUCCACAACCAUCGGUGAGGAAACAACAGAAUCAAGCACAAUUGCAGAGACAAGCAGUAUCGUAAUGACGACAGCAGAAAGUACGCCAUCAUCAACAACAGAAAUCACUACAGGCAGCACUGGUGCAUCCACAUUUGAAAGUACAACAGAGACCACCACAGCUCCAACCACAUCACUUGAAACAACGGAAUUGACGACAAGUGCAGUGGCAAGCAGUACAACACCAAGUAGCACGUCAGUUGCAGCCUCGACAACAUCAGAAGCAUCCACAGCAACCACAAGUGCAUUCACAACUGAAACUUCAUCGAGCACAAUGCCAAUUCCUUCCACAACCAUCGGUGAGGAAACAACAGAAUCAAGCACAUUUGCAGAGACAAGCAGUAUCGUAAUGACGACAGCAGAAAGUACGCCAUCAUCAACAACAGAAAUCACUACAGGCAGCACCAGUGCAACCACAUUUGAAAGUACAACAGAGACCACCACAGCUCCAACCACAUCACUUGAAACAACGGAAUUGACGACAAGUGCAGUGGCAAGCAGUACAACACCAAGUAGCACGUCAGUUGCAGCCUCGACAACAUCAGAAGCAUCCACCGCAACCACAAGUGCAUUCACAACUGAAACUUCAUCGAGCACAAUGCCAAUUCCUUCCACAACCAUCGGUGAGGAAACAACAGAAUCAAGCACAAUUGCAGAGACAAGCAGUAUCGUAAUGACGACAGCAGAAAGUACGCCAUCAUCAACAACAGAAAUCACUACAGGCAGCACUGGUGCAUCCACAUUUGAAAGUACAACAGAGACCACCACAGCUCCAACCACAUCACUUGAAACAACGGAAUUGACGACAAGUGCAGUGGCAAGCAGUACAACACCAAGUAGCACGUCAGUUGCAGCCUCGACAACAUCAGAAGCAUCCACAGCAACCACAAGUGCAUUCACAACUGAAACUUCAUCGAGCACAAUGCCAAUUCCUUCCACAACCAUUGGUGAGGAAACAACAGAAUCAAGCACAAUUGCAGAGACAAGCAGUAUCGUAAUGACGACAGCAGAAAGUACGCCAUCAUCAACAACAGAAAUCACUACAGGCAGCACCAGUGAAACCACAUUUGAAAGUACAACAGAGACCACCACAGCUCCAACCACAUCACUUGAAACAACGGAACUGACCACAAGUGCAGUGGCAAGCAGUACAACACCAAGUAGCACGUCAGUUGCAGCCUCGACAACAUCAGAAGCAUCCACAGCAACCACAAGUGCAUUCACAACUGAAGCUUCAUCGAGCACAGUGCCAAUUCCUUCCACAACCAUCGGUGAGGAAACAACAGAAUCAAGCACAUUUGCAGAGACAAGCAGUAUCGUAAUGACGACAGCAGAAAGUACGCCAUCAUCAACAACAGAAAUCACUACAGGCAGCACCAGUGCAUCCACAUUUGAAAGUACAACAGAGACCACCACAGCUCCAACCACAUCACUUGAAACAACGGAACUGACGACAAGUGCAGUGGCAAGCAGUACAACACCAAGUAGCACGUCAGUUGCAGCCUCGACAACAUCAGAAGCAUCCACAGCAACCACAAGUGCAUUCACAACUGAAACUUCAUCGAGCACAGUGCCAAUUCCUUCCACAACCAUCGGUGAGGAAACAACAGAAUCAAGCACAUUUGCAGAGACAAGCAGUAUCGUAAUGACGACAGCAGAAAGUACGCCAUCAUCAACAACAGAAAUCACUACAGGCAGCACCAGUGCAUCCACAUUUGAAAGUACAACAGAGACCACCACAGCUCCAACCACAUCACUUGAAACAACGGAACUGACCACAAGUGCAGUGGCAAGCAGUACAACACCAAGCAGCACGUCAGUUGCAGCCUCGACAACAUCAGAAGCAUCCACAGCAACCACAAGUGCAUUCACAACUGAAACUUCAUCGAGCACAGUGCCAAUUCCUUCCACAACCAUCGGUGAGGAAACAACAGAAUCAAGCACAUUUGCAGAGACAAGCAGUAUCGUAAUGACGACAGCAGAAAGUACGCCAUCAUCAACAACAGAAAUCACUACAGGCAGCACCAGUGCAACCACAUUUGAAAGUACAACAGAGACCACCACAGCUCCAACCACAUCACUUGAAACAACGGAACUGACCACAAGUGCAGUGGCAAGCAGUACAACACCAAGUAGCACGUCAGUUGCAGCCUCGACAACAUCAGAAGCAUCCACAGCAACCACAAGUGCAUUCACAACUGAAGCUUCAUCGAGUACAGUGCCAAUUCCUUCCACAACCAUCGGUGAGGAAACAACAGAAUCAAGCACAUUUGCAGAGACAAGCAGUAUCGUAAUGACGACAGCAGAAAGUACGCCAUCAUCAACAACAGAAAUCACUACAGGCAGCACCAGUGCAUCCACAUUUGAAAGUACAACAGAGACCACCACAGCUCCAACCACAUCACUUGAAACAACGGAACUGACGACAAGUGCAGUGGCAAGCAAUACAACACCAAGUAGCACGUCAGUUGCAGCCUCGACAACAUCAGAAGCAUCCACAGCAACCACAAGUUCAUUCACAACUGAAACUUCAUCGAGCACAGUGCCAAUUCCUUCCACAACCAUCGGUGAGGAAACAACAGAAUCAAGCACAUUUGCAGAGACAAGCAGUAUCGUAAUGACGACAGCAGAAAGUACGCCAUCAUCAACAACAGAAAUCACUACAGGCAGCACCAGUGCAACCACAUUUGAAAGUACAACAGAGACCACCACAGCUCCAACCACAUCACUUGAAACAACGGAAUUGACGACAAGUGCAGUGGCAAGCAGUACAACACCAAGUAGCACGUCAGUUGCAGCCUCGACAACAUCAGAAGCAUCCACAGCAACCACAAGUGCAUUCACAACUGAAGCUUCAUCGAGCACAGUGCCAAUUCCUUCCACAACCAUCGGUGAGGAAACAACAGAAUCAAGCACAUUUGCAGAGACAAGCAGUAUCGUAAUGACGACAGCAGAAAGUACGCCAUCAUCAACAACAGAAAUCACUACAGGCAGCACCAGUGCAACCACAUUUGAAAGUACAACAGAGACCACCACAGCUCCAACCACAUCACUUGAAACAACGGAACUGACCACAAGUGCAGUGGCAAGCAGUACAACACCAAGUAGCACGUCAGUUGCAGCCUCGACAACAUCAGAAGCAUCCACAGCAACCACAAGUGCAUUCACAACUGAAGCUUCAUCGAGCACAGUGCCAAUUCCUUCCACAACCAUCGGUGAGGAAACAACAGAAUCAAGCACAUUUGCAGAGACAAGCAGUAUCGUAAUGACGACAGCAGAAAGUACGCCAUCAUCAACAACAGAAAUCACUACAGGCAGCACCAGUGCAACCACAUUUGAAAGUACAACAGAGACCACCACAGCUCCAACCACAUCACUUGAAACAACGGAACUGACGACAAGUGCAGUGGCAAGCAGUACAACACCAAGUAGCACGUCAGUUGCAGCCUCGACAACAUCAGAAGCAUCCACAGCAACCACAAGUGCAUUCACAACUGAAACUUCAUCGAGCACAGUGCCAAUUCCUUCCACAACCAUCGGUGAGGAAACAACAGAAUCAAGCACAUUUGCAGAGACAAGCAGUAUCGUAAUGACGACAGCAGAAAGUACGCCAUCAUCAACAACAGAAAUCACUACAGGCAGCACCAGUGCAACCACAUUUGAAAGUACAACAGAGACCACCACAGCUCCAACCACAUCACUUGAAACAACGGAACUGACCACAAGUGCAGUGGCAAGCAGUACAACACCAAGUAGCACGUCAGUUGCAGCCUCGACAACAUCAGAAGCAUCCACAGCAACCACAAGUGCAUUCACAACUGAAGCUUCAUCGAGUACAGUGCCAAUUCCUUCCACAACCAUCGGUGAGGAAACAACAGAAUCAAGCACAUUUGCAGAGACAAGCAGUAUCGUAAUGAUGACAGCAGAAAGUACGCCAUCAUCAACAACAGAAAUCAGUACAGGCAGCACCAGUGCAUCCACAUUUGAAAGUACAACAGAGACCACCACAGCUCCAACCACAUCACUUGAAACAACGGAACUGACCACAAGUGCAGUGGCAAGCAGUACAACACCAAGCAGCACGUCAGUUGCAGCCUCGACAACAUCAGAAGCAUCCACAGCAACCACAAGUGCAUUCACAACUGAAGCUUCAUCGAGCACAGUGCCAAUUCCUUCCACAACCAUCGGUGAGGAAACAACAGAAUCAAGCACAUUUGCAGAGACAAGCAGUAUCGUAAUGACGACAGCAGAAAGUACGCCAUCAUCAACAACAGAAAUCACUACAGGCAGCACCAGUGCAACCACAUUUGAAAGUACAACAGAGACCACCACAGCUCCAACCACAUCACUUGAAACAACGGAACUGACGACAAGUGCAGUGGCAAGCAAUACAACACCAAGUAGCACGUCAGUUGCAGCCUCGACAACAUCAGAAGCAUCCACAGCAACCACAAGUUCAUUCACAACUGAAACUUCAUCGAGCACAGUGCCAAUUCCUUCCACAACCAUCGGUGAGGAAACAACAGAAUCAAGCACAUUUGCAGAGACAAGCAGUAUCGUAAUGACGACAGCAGAAAGUACGCCAUCAUCAACAACAGAAAUCACUACAGGCAGCACCAGUGCAACCACAUUUGAAAGUACAACAGAGACCACCACAGCUCCAACCACAUCACUUGAAACAACGGAACUGACCACAAGUGCAGUGGCAAGCAGUACAACACCAAGUAGCACGUCAGUUGCAGCCUCGACAACAUCAGAAGCAUCCACAGCAACCACAAGUUCAUUCACAACUGAAACUUCAUCGAGCACAGUGCCAAUUCCUUCCACAACCAUCGGUGAGGAAACAACAGAAUCAAGCACAUUUGCAGAGACAAGCAGUAUCGUAAUGACGACAGCAGAAAGUACGCCAUCAUCAACAACAGAAAUCACUACAGGCAGCACCAGUGCAACCACAUUUGAAAGUACAACAGAGACCACCACAGCUCCAACCACAUCACUUGAAACAACGGAACUGACGACAAGUGCAGUGGCAAGCAAUACAACACCAAGUAGCACGUCAGUUGCAGCCUCGACAACAUCAGAAGCAUCCACAGCAACCACAAGUGCAUUCACAACUGAAACUUCAUCGAGCACAGUGCCAAUUCCUUCCACAACCAUCGGUGAGGAAACAACAGAAUCAAGCACAUUUGCAGAGACAAGCAGUAUCGUAAUGACGACAGCAGAAAGUACGCCAUCAUCAACAACAGAAAUCACUACAGGCAGCACCAGUGCAACCACAUUUGAAAGUACAACAGAGACCACCACAGCUCCAACCACAUCACUUGAAACAACGGAACUGACGACAAGUGCAGUGGCAAGCAGUACAACACCAAGUAGCACGUCAGUUGCAGCCUCGACAACAUCAGAAGCAUCCACAGCAACCACAAGUGCAUUCAUAACUGAAACUUCAUCGAGCACAGUGCCAAUUCCUUCCACAACCAUCGGUGAGGAAACAACAGAAUCAAGCACAUUUGCAGAGACAAGCAGUAUCGUAAUGACGACAGCAGAAAGUACGCCAUCAUCAACAACAGAAAUCACUACAGGCAGCACCAGUGCAACCACAUUUGAAAGUACAACAGAGACCACCACAGCUCCAACCACAUCACUUGAAACAACGGAACUGACGACAAGUGCAGUGGCAAGCAGUACAACACCAAGUAGCACGUCAGUUGCAGCCUCGACAACAUCAGAAGCAUCCACAGCAACCACAAGUGCAUUCAUAACUGAAACUUCAUCGAGCACAGUGCCAAUUCCUUCCACAACCAUCGGUGAGGAAACAACAGAAUCAAGCACAUUUGCAGAGACAAGCAGUAUCGUAAUGACGACAGCAGAAAGUAUGCCAUCAUCAACAACAGAAAUCACUACAGGCAGCACCAGUGCAACCACAUUUGAAAGUACAACAGAGACCACCACAGCUCCAACCACAUCACUUGAAACAACGGAACUGACGACAAGUGCAGUGGCAAGCAGUACAACACCAAGUAGCACGUCAGUUGCAGCCUCGACAACAUCAGAAGCAUCCACAGCAACCACAAGUGCAUUCAUAACUGAAACUGCAUCGAGCACAGUGCCAAUUCCUUCCACAACCAUCGGUGAGGAAACAACAGAAUCAAGCACAUUUGCAGAGACAAGCAGUAUCGUAAUGACGACAGCAGAAAGUACGCCAUCAUCAACAACAGAAAUCACUACAGGCAGCACCAGUGCAUCCACAUUUGAAAGUACAACAGAGACCACCACAGCUCCAACCACAUCACUUGAAACAACGGAACUGACGACAAGUGCAGUGGCAAGCAGUACAACACCAAGUAGCACGUCAGUUGCAGCCUCGACAACAUCAGAAGCAUCCACAGCAACCACAAGUGCAUUCACAACUGAAACUUCAUCGAGCACAGUGCCAAUUCCUUCCACAACCAUCGGUGAGGAAACAACAGAAUCAAGCACAUUUGCAGAGACAAGCAGUAUCGUAAUGACGACAGCAGAAAGUACGCCAUCAUCAACAACAGAAAUCACUACAGGCAGCACCAGUGCAUCCACAUUUGAAAGUACAACAGAGACCACCACAGCUCCAACCACAUCACUUGAAACAACGGAAUUGACGACAAGUGCAGUGGCAAGCAGUACAACACCAAGUAGCACGUCAGUUGCAGCCUCGACAACAUCAGAAGCAUCCACAGCAACCACAAGUGCAUUCACAACUGAAACUUCAUCGAGCACAGUGCCAAUUUCUUCCACAACCAUCGGUGAGGAAACAACAGAAUCAAGCACAUUUGCAGAGACAAGCAGUAUCGUAAUGACGACAGCAGAAAGUACGCCAUCAUCAACAACAGAAAUCACUACAGGCAGCACCAGUGCAACCACAUUUGAAAGUACAACAGAGACCACCACAGCUCCAACCACAUCACUUGAAACAACGGAACUGACGACAAGUGCAGUGGCAAGCAGUACAACACCAAGUAGCACGUCAGUUGCAGCCUCGACAACAUCAGAAGCAUCCACAGCAACCACAAGUGCAUUCACAACUGAAACUUCAUCGAGCACACUGCCAAUUCCUUCCACAACCAUCGAAACAACAGAAUCAAGCACAAUUGCAGAGACAAGCAGUAUCGUAAUGACGACAGCAGAAAGUACGCCAUCAUCAACAACAGAAAUCACUACAGGCAGCACCAGUGCAACCACAUUUGAAAGUACAACAGAGACCACCACAGCUCCAACCACAUCACUUGAAACAACGGAACUGACGACAAGUGCAGUGGCAAGCAGUACAACACCAAGUAGCACGUCAGUUGCAGCCUCGACAACAUCAGAAGCAUCCACAGUAACCACAAGUGCAUUCACAACUGAAACUUCAUCGAGCACAGUGCCAAUUCCUUCCACAACCAUCGGUGAGGAAACAACAGAAUCAAGCACAAUUGCAGAGACAAGCAGUAUCGUAAUGACGACAGCAGAAAGUACGCCAUCAUCAACAACAGAAAUCACUACAGGCAGCACCAGUGCAUCCACAUUAAAAAGUACAACAGAGACCACCACAGCUCCAACCACAUCACUUGAAACAACGGAACUGACGACAAGUGCAGUGCCAAGCAGUACAACACCAAGUAGCACGUCAGUUGCAGCCUCGACAACAUCAGAAGCAUCCACAGCAACCACAAGUGCAUUCACAACUGAAACUUCAUCGAGCACAAUGCCAAUUCCUUCCACAACCAUCGGUGAGGAAACAACAGAAUCAAGCACAUUUGCAGAGACAAGCAGUAUCGUAAUGACGACAGCAGAAAGUACGCCAUCAUCAACAACAGAAAUCACUACAGGCAGCACUGGUGCAUCCACAUUUGAAAGUACAACAGAGACCACCACAGCUCCAACCACAUCACUUGAAACAACGGAAUUGACGACAAGUGCAGUGGCAAGCAGUACAACACCAAGUAGCACGUCAGUUGCAGCCUCGACAACAUCAGAAGCAUCCACAGCAACCACAAGUGCAUUCACAACUGAAACUUCAUCGAGCACAGUGCCAAUUUCUUCCACAACCAUCGGUGAGGAAACAACAGAAUCAAGCACAUUUGCAGAGACAAGCAGUAUCGUAAUGACGACAGCAGAAAGUACGCCAUCAUCAACAACAGAAAUCACUACAGGCAGCACCAGUGCAUCCACAUUUGAAAGUACAACAGAGACCACCACAGCUCCAACCACAUCACUUGAAACAACGGAACUUUCGACAAGUGCAGUGGCAAGCAGUACAACACCAAGUAGCACGUCAGUUGCAGCCUCGACAACAUCAGAAGCAUCCACAGCAACCACAAGUGCAUUCACAACUGAAACUUCAUCGAGCACAGUGCCAAUUUCUUCCACAACCAUCGGUGAGGAAACAACAGAAUCAAGCACAUUUGCAGAGACAAGCAGUAUCGUAAUGACGACAGCAGAAAGUACACCAUCAUCAACAACAGAAAUCACUACAGGCAGCACCAGUGCAACCACAUUUGAAACUACAACAGAGACCACCACAGCUCCAACCACAUCACUUGAAACAACGGAACUGACGACAAGUGCAGUGGCAAGCAGUACAACACCAAGUAGCACGUCAGUUGCAGCCUCGACAACAUCAGAAGCAUCCACAGUAACCACAAGUGCAUUCACAACUGAAACUUCAUCGAGCACAGUGCCAAUUCCUUCCACAACCAUCGGUGAGGAAACAACAGAAUCAAGCACAUUUGCAGAGACAAGCAGUAUCGUAAUGACGACAGCAGAAAGUACGCCAUCAUCAACAACAGAAAUCACUACAGGCAGCACUGGUGCAUCCACAUUUGAAAGUACAACAGAGACCACCACAGCUCCAACCACAUCACUUGAAACAACUGAACUGACGACAAGUGCAGUGGCAAGCAGUACAACACCAAGUAGCACGUCAGUUGCAGCCUCGACAACAUCAGAAGCAUCCACAGUAACCACAAGUGCAUUCACAACUGAAACUUCAUCGAGCACAGUGCCAAUUCCUUCCACAACCAUCGGUGAGGAAACAACAGAAUCAAGCACAAUUGCAGAGACAAGCAGUAUCGUAAUGACGACAGCAGAAAGUACGCCAUCAUCAACAACAGAAAUCACUACAGGCAGCACCAGUGCAUCCACAUUUGAAAGUACAACAGAGACCACCACAGCUCCAACCACAUCACUUGAAACAACGGAACUGACGACAAGUGCAGUGCCAAGCAGUACAACACCAAGUAGCACGUCAGUUGCAGCCUCGACAACAUCAGAAGCAUCCACAGCAACCACAAGUGCAUUCACAACUGAAACUUCAUCGAGCACAAUGCCAAUUCCUUCCACAACCAUCGGUGAGGAAACAACAGAAUCAAGCACAUUUGCAGAGACAAGCAGUAUCGUAAUGACGACAGCAGAAAGUACGCCAUCAUCAACAACAGAAAUCACUACAGGCAGCACUGGUGCAUCCACAUUUGAAAGUACAACAGAGACCACCACAGCUCCAACCACAUCACUUGAAACAACGGAACUGACGACAAGUGCAGUGCCAAGCAGUACAACACCAAGUAGCACGUCAGUUGCAGCCUCGACAACAUCAGAAGCAUCCACAGCAACCACAAGUGCAUUCACAACUGAAACUUCAUCGAGCACAAUGCCAAUUCCUUCCACAACCAUCGGUGAGGAAACAACAGAAUCAAGCACAUUUGAAGAGACAAGCAGUAUCGUAAUGACGACAGCAGAAAGUACGCCAUCAUCAACAACAGAAAUCACUACAGGCAGCACUGGUGCAUCCACAUUUGAAAGUACAACAGAGACCACCACAGCUCCAACCACAUCACUUGAAACAACGGAACUGACGACAAGUGCAGUGGCAAGCAGUACAACACCAAGUAGCACGUCAGUUGCAGCCUCGACAACAUCAGAAGCAUCCACAGCAACCACAAGUGCAUUCACAACUGAAACUUCAUCGAGCACAGUGCCAAUUUCUUCCACAACCAUCGGUGAGGAAACAACAGAAUCAAGCACAUUUGCAGAGACAAGCAGUAUCGUAAUGACGACAGCAGAAAGUACGCCAUCAUCAACAACAGAAAUCACUACAGGCAGCACCAGUGCAACCACAUUUGAAAGUACAACAGAGACCACCACAGCUCCAACCACAUCACUUGAAACAACGGAAUUGACGACAAGUGCAGUGGCAAGCAGUACAACACCAAGUAGCACGUCAGUUGCAGCCUCGACAACAUCAGAAGCAUCGACAGCAACCACAAGUGCAUUCACAACUGAAACUUCAUCGAGCACAGUGCCAAUUUCUUCCACAACCAUCGGUGAGGAAACAACAGAAUCAAGCACAUUUGCAGAGACAAGCAGUAUCGUAAUGACGACAGCAGAAAGUACGCCAUCAUCAACAACAGAAAUCACUACAGGCAGCACCAGUGCAUCCACAUUUGAAAGUACAACAGAGACCACCACAGCUCCAACCACAUCACUUGAAACAACGGAACUGACGACAAGUGCAGUGGCAAGCAGUACAACACCAAGUAGCACGUCAGUUGCAGCCUCGACAACAUCAGAAGCAUCCACAGCAACCACAGGUGCAUUCACAACUGAAACUUCAUCGAGCACAGUGCCAAUUUCUUCCACAACCAUCGGUGAGGAAACAACAGAAUCAAGCACAUUUGCAGAGACAAGCAGUAUCGUAAUGACGACAGCAGAAAGUACGCCAUCAUCAACAACAGAAAUCACUACAGGCAGCACCAGUGCAACCACAUUUGAAAGUACAACAGAGACCACCACAGCUCCAACCACAUCACUUGAAACAACGGAACUGACGACAAGUGCAGUGGCAAGCAGUACAACACCAAGUAGCACGUCAGUUGCAGCCUCGACAACAUCAGAAGCAUCGACAGCAACCACAAGUGCAUUCACAACUGAAACUUCAUCGAGCACAGUGCCAAUUUCUUCCACAACCAUCGGUGAGGAAACAACAGAAUCAAGCACAAUUGCAGAGACAAGCAGUAUCGUAAUGACGACAGCAGAAAGUACGCCAUCAUCAACAACAGAAAUCACUACAGGCAGCACUGGUGCAUCCACAUUUGAAAGUACAACAGAGACCACCACAGCUCCAACCACAUCACUUGAAACAACGGAACUGACGACAAGUGCAGUGGCAAGCAGUACAACACCAAGUAGCACGUCAGUUGCAGCCUCGACAACAUCAGAAGCAUCCACAGUAACCACAAGUGCAUUCACAACUGAAACUUCAUCGAGCACAGUGCCAAUUCCUUCCACAACCAUCGGUGAGGAAACAACAGAAUCAAGCACAAUUGCAGAGACAAGCAGUAUCGUAAUGACGACAGCAGAAAGUACGCCAUCAUCAACAACAGAAAUCACUACAGGCAGCACCAGUGCAUCCACAUUUGAAAGUACAACAGAGACCACCACAGCUCCAACCACAUCACUUGAAACAACGGAACUGACGACAAGUGCAGUGCCAAGCAGUACAACACCAAGUAGCACGUCAGUUGCAGCCUCGACAACAUCAGAAGCAUCCACAGCAACCACAAGUGCAUUCACAACUGAAACUUCAUCGAGCACAAUGCCAAUUCCUUCCACAACCAUCGGUGAGGAAACAACAGAAUCAAGCACAUUUGCAGAGACAAGCAGUAUCGUAAUGACGACAGCAGAAAGUACGCCAUCAUCAACAACAGAAAUCACUACAGGCAGCACUGGUGCAUCCACAUUUGAAAGUACAACAGAGACCACCACAGCUCCAACCACAUCACUUGAAACAACGGAAUUGACGACAAGUGCAGUGGCAAGCAGUACAACACCAAGUAGCACGUCAGUUGCAGCCUCGACAACAUCAGAAGCAUCCACAGCAACCACAAGUGCAUUCACAACUGAAACUUCAUCGAGCACAGUGCCAAUUUCUUCCACAACCAUCGGUGAGGAAACAACAGAAUCAAGCACAUUUGCAGAGACAAGCAGUAUCGUAAUGACGACAGCAGAAAGUACGCCAUCAUCAACAACAGAAAUCACUACAGGCAGCACCAGUGCAUCCACAUUUGAAAGUACAACAGAGACCACCACAGCUCCAACCACAUCACUUGAAACAACGGAACUGACGACAAGUGCAGUGGCAAGCAGUACAACACCAAGUAGCACGUCAGUUGCAGCCUCGACAACAUCAGAAGCAUCCACAGCAACCACAAGUGCAUUCACAACUGAAACUUCAUCGAGCACAGUGCCAAUUCCUUCCACAACCAUUGGUGAGGAAACAACAGAAUCAAGCACAAUUGCAGAGACAAGCAGUAUCGUAAUGACGACAGCAGAAAGUACGCCAUCAUCAACAACAGAAAUCACUACAGGCAGCACCAGUGCAUCCACAUUUGAAAGUACAACAGAGACCACCACAGCUCCAACCACAUCACUUGAAACAACGGAACUGACGACAAGUGCAGUGCCAAGCAGUACAACACCAAGUAGCACGUCAGUUGCAGCCUCGACAACAUCAGAAGCAUCCACAGCAACCACAAGUGCAUUCACAACUGAAACUUCAUCGAGCACAAUGCCAAUUCCUUCCACAACCAUCGGUGAGGAAACAACAGAAUCAAGCACAUUUGCAGAGACAAGCAGUAUCGUAAUGACGACAGCAGAAAGUACGCCAUCAUCAACAACAGAAAUCACUACAGGCAGCACUGGUGCAUCCACAUUUGAAAGUACAACAGAGACCACCACAGCUCCAACCACAUCACUUGAAACAACGGAAUUGACGACAAGUGCAGUGGCAAGCAGUACAACACCAAGUAGCACGUCAGUUGCAGCCUCGACAACAUCAGAAGCAUCCACAGCAACCACAAGUGCAUUCACAACUGAAACUUCAUCGAGCACAGUGCCAAUUUCUUCCACAACCAUCGGUGAGGAAACAACAGAAUCAAGCACAUUUGCAGAGACAAGCAGUAUCGUAAUGACGACAGCAGAAAGUACGCCAUCAUCAACAACAGAAAUCACUACAGGCAGCACCAGUGCAUCCACAUUUGAAAGUACAACAGAGACCACCACAGCUCCAACCACAUCACUUGAAACAACGGAACUGACGACAAGUGCAGUGGCAAGCAGUACAACACCAAGUAGCACGUCAGUUGCAGCCUCGACAACAUCAGAAGCAUCCACAGCAACCACAAGUGCAUUCACAACUGAAACUUCAUCGAGCACAGUGCCAAUUCCUUCCACAACCAUUGGUGAGGAAACAACAGAAUCAAGCACAUUUGCAGAGACAAGUAGUAUCGUAAUGACGACAGCAGAAAGUACGCCAUCAUCAACAACAGAAAUCACUACAGGCAGCACCAGUGCAUCCACAUUUGAAAGUACAACAGAGACCACCACAGCUCCAACCACAUCACUUGAAACAACGGAACUGACGACAAGUGCAGUGGCAAGCAGUACAACACCAAGUAGCACGUCAGUUGCAGCCUCGACAACAUCAGAAGCAUCCACAGCAACCACAAGUGCAUUCACAACUGAAACUUCAUCGAGCACAAUGCCAAUUCCUUCCACAACCAUCGGUGAGGAAACAACAGAAUCAAGCACAUUUGCAGAGACAAGCAGUAUCGUAAUGACGACAGCAGAAAGUACGCCAUCAUCAACAACAGAAAUCACUACAGGCAGCACCAGUGCAUCCACAUUUGAAAGUACAACAGAGACCACCACAGCUCCAACCACAUCACUUGAAACAACGGAAUUGACGACAAGUGCAGUGGCAAGCAGUACAACACCAAGUAGCACGUCAGUUGCAGCCUCGACAACAUCAGAAGCAUCCACAGCAACCACAAGUGCAUUCACAACUGAAACUUCAUCGAGCACAGUGCCAAUUUCUUCCACAACCAUUGGUGAGGAAACAACAGAAUCAAGCACAUUUGCAGAGACAAGCAGUAUCGUAAUGACGACAGCAGAAAGUACGCCAUCAUCAACAACAGAAAUCACUACAGGCAGCACCAGUGCAUCCACAUUUGAAAGUACAACAGAGACCACCACAGCUCCAACCACAUCACUUGAAACAACGGAACUGACGACAAGUGCAGUGGCAAGCAGUACAACACCAAGUAGCACGUCAGUUGCAGCCUCGACAACAUCAGAAGCAUCCACAGCAACCACAAGUGCAUUCACAACUGAAACUUCAUCGAGCACAGUGCCAAUUUCUUCCACAACCAUCGGUGAGGAAACAACAGAAUCAAGCACAUUUGCAGAGACAAGCAGUAUCGUAAUGACGACAGCAGAAAGUACGCCAUCAUCAACAACAGAAAUCACUACAGGCAGCACUGGUGCAUCCACAUUUGAAAGUACAACAGAGACCACCACAGCUCCAACCACAUCACUUGAAACAACGGAACUGACGACAAGUGCAGUGGCAAGCAGUACAACACCAAGUAGCACGUCAGUUGCAGCCUCGACAACAUCAGAAGCAUCCACAGUAACCACAAGUGCAUUCACAACUGAAACUUCAUCGAGCACAGUGCCAAUUCCUUCCACAACCAUCGGUGAGGAAACAACAGAAUCAAGCACAUUUGCAGAGACAAGCAGUAUCGUAAUGACGACAGCAGAAAGUAUGCCAUCAUCAACAACAGAAAUCACUACAGGCAGCACCAGUGCAUCCACAUUUGAAAGUACAACAGAGACCACCACAGCUCCAACCACAUCACUUGAAACAACGGAACUGACGACAAGUACAGUGGCAAGCAGUACAACACCAAGUAGCACGUCAGUUGCAGCCUCGACAACAUCAGAAGCAUCCACAGCAACCACAAGUGCAUUCACAACUGAAACUUCAUCGAGCACAGUGCCAAUUCCUUCCACAACCAUCGGUGAGGAAACAACAGAAUCAAGCACAUUUGCAGAGACAAGCAGUAUCGUAAUGACGACAGCAGAAAGUAUGCCAUCAUCAACAACAGAAAUCACUACAGGCAGCACCAGUGCAUCCACAUUUGAAAGUACAACAGAGACCACCACAGCUCCAACCACAUCACUUGAAACAACGGAACUGACGACAAGUGCAGUGGCAAGCAGUACAACACCAAGUAGCACGUCAGUUGCAGCCUCGACAACAUCAGAAGCAUACACAGCAACCACAAGUGCAUUCACAACUGAAACUUCAUCGAGCACAGUGCCAAUUCCUUCCACAACCAUCGGUGAGGAAACAACAGAAUCAAGCACAUUUGCAGAGACAAGUAGUAUCGUAGAGACUACAGCAGAAAGUACGCCAUCAUCAACAACAGAAAUCACUACAGGCAGCACCAGUGCAUCCACAUUUGAAAGUACAACAGAGACCACCACAGCUCCAACCACAUCACUUGAAACAACGGAACUGACGACAAGUGCAGUGGCAAGCAGUACAACACCAAGUAGCACGUCAGUUGCAGCCUCGACAACAUCAGAAGCAUCCACAGCAACCACAAGUGCAUUCACAACUGAAACUUCAUCGAGCACAGUGCCAAUUCCUUCCACAACCAUCGGUGAGGAAACAACAGAAACAAGCACAUUUGCAGAGACAAGCAGUAUCGUAAUGACUACAGCAGAAAGUACGCCAUCAUCAAUAACAGAAAUCGCUACAGGCAGCACCAGUGCAUCCACAUUUGAAAGUACAACAGAGACCACCACAGCUCCAACCACAUCACUUGAAACAACGGAACUGACCACAAGUGCAGUGGCAAGCAGUACAACACCAAGUAGCACGUCAGUUGCAGCCUCGACAAAAUCAGAAGCAUCCACAGCAACCACAAGUGCAUUCACAACUGAAACUUCAUCGAGCACACUGCCAAUUCCUUCCACAACCAUCGGUGAGGAAACAACAGAAUCAAGCACAUUUGCAGAGACAAGCAGUAUCGUAGUGACUACAGCAGAAAGUACAACAUCAUCAACAACAGAAAUCACUACAGGCAGCACUGGUGCAUCCACAUUUGAAAGUACAACAGAGACCACCACAGCUCCAACCACAUCACUUGAAACAACGGAACUGACGACAAGUGCAGUGGCAAGCAGUACAACACCAAGUAGCACGUCAGUUGCAGCCUCGACAACAUCAGAAGCAUCCACAGCAACCACAAGUGCAUUCACAACUAAAACGUCAUCGAGUACAGUGACAAUUCCUUCCACAACCAUCGGUGAGGAAACAACAGAAUCAUCCACAUUUGAAGAGACAAGCAGUAUCGUAAUGACGACAGCAGAAAGUACGCCAUCAUCAACAACAGAAAUCACUACAGGCAGCACCAGUGCAUCCACAUUUGAAAGUACAACAGAGACCACCACAGCUCCAACCACAUCACUUGAAACAACGGAACUGACGACAAGUGAAGUGGCAAGCAGUACAACACCAAGUAGCACAGCAAUUGCGGCCUCAACAACAUCAGAAGCAUCCACUGAAACUACAACUGCAUUCACAGCUGAAAGUUCAUCGAGCACAGUGCCAAUUCCAUCCACAACCAUCGAAACAACAGAAUCAAGCACAUUUGCAGAGACAAGCAGUAUCGUAAUGACGACAGCAGAAAGUAUGCCAUCAUCAACAACAGAAAUCACUACAGGCAGCACUAGUGCAUCCACAUUUGAAAGUACAACAGAGACCACCACAGCUCCAACCACAUCACUUGAAACAACGGAACUGUCGACAAGUGCAGUGGCAAGCAGUACAACACCAAGUAGCACGUCAGUUGCAGCCUCGACAACAUCAGAAGCAUCCACAGCAACCACAAGUGCAUUCACAACUGAAACUUCAUCGAGCACAGUGCCAAUUCCUUCCACAACCAUCGGUGAGGAAACAACAGAAUCAUCCACAUUUGCAGAGAUAAGCAGUAUCGUAAUGACGACAGCAGAAAGUACGCCAUCAUCAACAACAGAAAUCACUACAGGCAGCACCAGUGCAUCCACAUUUGAAAGUACAACAGAGACCACCACAGCUCCAACCACAUCACUUGAAACAACGGAAUUGACGACAAGUGCAGUGGCAAGCAGUACGACACCAAGUAGCACGUCAGUUGCAGCCUCGACAACAUCAGAAGCAUCCACAGCAACCACAAGUGCAUUCACAACUGAAACUUCAUCGAGCACAGUGACAAUUCCUUCCACCACCAUCGAAACAACAGAACUGUCAACAAGUACAGUGACAAGUAGCACAUUAGCUCUGGCCUCAACAACAUUGGAAACAUCCACUGGAAGCAGUAGUGCAUUAACAACUGAAAGUACAACCGGCACAGCGACAAUUCCAUCCACAACCAUCGGAACAAUGGAACUGUUCACAAGUACAGUGACAAGCGGUACAGCACCAAGCAGCACAUCAGUUCUGUCCUCAGCAACAUCAGAACUGUCCACAGAAAGUACCAGUGCAUUGACACCUGAAAGUACGACGGGGACAGAGGCAAUUCCUUCCACAGCCUUCGAAACAACAGAACUGUCGUUGAGUACAGUGACAAUCAAUACAGCACCAAGUAGUGCAGCAGCACAGCUGACAACAACAUUAGAAAUAUCUGCAGGAAGCACUGGUACAUUGACAACAGAAAUUACAACUGGCCCAAGCACAGUUCCAUCAACAGACACUGAAACAACAGUACUGUCGACAAUUACAGAACCAAGUAGCACAUUAGCUCCAGUCUCAGCAACAUCAGAAACAUCCGCAGGAAGCACCGGAGCAUUGACAACUGGCACAGCGACAAUUUCAUCCACAACCAUCGAAACGACAGGAACAUCCACAUCCACAGAGACAAGCAGUAUCGUAGCGGCUACGACAGGAGCUCCCCUAUCGACCGCAACAGAAAUCACUACAGGCAGCACUCGUGCAUCAACAAUUGAAAAUACAACUGUGAGCACCACAGCUCCAUCCACAUCCACUGAAUUAUCAUCCACUUCAACAGCAUCAAAUGCAGAAAUAUCUUCCUCAUCUACUCAAAUCUCCACAAAUGUGCCUGGCUCAAGUUCAGCAACAACAGUGACCUCCAAAGAAACAACUGCUCUCGGAACAGUGGAACCUCCAAUUGUACCUGUUACAGACAAACCAAAUGAGGGAACUAACGAAAACCGAUUUAAUGUCACUUUCAAUGUGCUGACACUGCCAUUUACACCAAAUCUACAAAAUAUGAGUUCCCCAUUGUACAUAAAUGAAUCAGAGAACAUUCUUAAGGAGCUCAAUAAUUUGUUUGCCAAUAGCAAAGUGAAUUCAACAUUCAUAGGAUGUCAUUCCAUAACUUUCAGACCUGCAAGUGAUGGUAACAGUACAGUUGAGGCAAUCUGUACUUUUAAAUUCCUUACUUCUGGCCAGCAACUCGACAAAGUUCAGAUCUACCGUGAAUUUCAAAAUGAAACAGAGGACAUCACCACCUUGGGAUUAUUUUCGCUAGAUAACACCAGUCUGUUUGUGAAUGCGGCAGCACCAAUACAGAUGACAUCUCCAACUUUGGAAACAGAACCAAUUGAUUUUAACGUCACCUUCAUUGCAACUAAUUUGCGCCCGGCACCCGAACUGCAAGAUCCCAAUUCUCAAAUCUUCAAAUCUGCAGCAAGUAAUAUUACUUCCCAGCUCAAUAACGUCUUUGGUAGCAGCAAUAUCAACAAGACAUUCAUCAGCUGCAGUGUUCUCUCAUUCAGCAUGGUCAACGGACAGGACACCAGAGUGUUUGCAAACUGCUCUUUCAGAAAUGACUCAGACCCUAAGGAAGUUAACCGUGUCACUGUGUACCAUGUGUUCAGAAACCAGACAAAUGGCAUCACCACCUUACCACCAUAUUCACUGGACAGUAACAGCCUCUAUGUGAACGCACCAACACAGACCACGCCCUCAGCUUUGGAAGGAGUUGCUUUUGAUUUUAACGUCACUUUCAUUGCAACUAAUUUGCACCCGGCGCCCGAAUUGCAAGAUCCCAAUUCUCAAAUCUUCAAAUCUGCAGCAAGUAAUAUUACUUCCCAGCUCAAUAACGUCUUUGGUAGCAGCAAUAUCAACAAGACAUUCAUCAGCUGCAGUGUUCUCUCAUUCAGCAUGGUCAACGGACAGGACACCAGAGUGUUUGCAAACUGCUCUUUCAGAAAUGACUCAGACCCUAAGGAAGUUAACCGUGUCACUGUGUACCAUGUGUUCAGAAACCAGACAAAUGGCAUCACCACCUUACCAUCAUAUUCACUGGACAGUAACAGCCUCUAUGUGAACGCACCAACACAGACCACGCCUUCAGCUUUGGAAGGAGUCGCUUUUGAUUUUAACGUCACCUUCAUUGCAACUAAUUUGCGCCCGGCGCCCGAAUUGCAAGAUCCCAAUUCUCAAAUCUUCAAAUCUGCAGCAAGUAAUAUUACUUCCCAGCUCAAUAACGUCUUUGGUAGCAGCAAUAUCAACAAGACAUUCAUCAGCUGCAGUGUUCUCUCAUUCAGCAUGGUCAACGGACAGGACACCAGAGUGUUUGCAAACUGCUCUUUCAGAAAUGACUCAGACCCUAAGGAAGUUAACCGUGUCACUGUGUACCAUGUGUUCAGAAACCAGACAAAUGGCAUCACCACCUUACCACCAUAUUCACUGGACAGUAACAGCCUCUAUGUGAACGCACCAACACAGACCACGCCCUCAGCUUUGGAAGGAGUUGCUUUUGAUUUUAACGUCACUUUCAUUGCAACUAAUUUGCACCCGGCGCCCGAAUUGCAAGAUCCCAAUUCUCAAAUCUUCAAAUCUGCAGCAAGUAAUAUUACUUCCCAGCUCAAUAACGUCUUUGGUAGCAGCAAUAUCAACAAGACAUUCAUCAGCUGCAGUGUUCUCUCAUUCAGCAUGGUCAACGGACAGGACACCAGAGUGUUUGCAAACUGCUCUUUCAGAAAUGACUCAGACCCUAAGGAAGUUAACCGUGUCACUGUGUACCAUGUGUUCAGAAACCAGACAAAUGGCAUCACCACCUUACCACCAUAUUCACUGGACAGUAACAGCCUCUAUGUGAACGCACCAACACAGACCACGCCUUCAGCUUUGGAAGGAGUCGCUUUUGAUUUUAACGUCACCUUCAUUGCAACUAAUUUGCGCCCGGCGCCCGAAUUGCAAGAUCCCAAUUCUCAAAUCUUCAAAUCUGCAGCAAGUAAUAUUACUUCCCAGCUCAAUAACGUCUUUGGUAGCAGCAAUAUCAACAAGACAUUCAUCAGCUGCAGUGUUCUCUCAUUCAGCAUGGUCAACGGACAGGACACCAGAGUGUUUGCAAACUGCUCUUUCAGAAAUGACUCAGACCCUAAGGAAGUUAACCGUGUCACUGUGUACCAUGUGUUCAGAAACCAGACAAAUGGCAUCACCACCUUACCACCAUAUUCACUGGACAGUAACAGCCUCUAUGUGAACGCACCAACACAGACCACGCCUUCAGCUUUGGAAGGAGUCGCUUUUGAUUUUAACGUCACCUUCAUUGCAACUAAUUUGCGCCCGGCGCCCGAAUUGCAAGAUCCCAAUUCUCAAAUCUUCAAAUCUGCAGCAAGUAAUAUUACUUCCCAGCUCAAUAACGUCUUUGGUAGCAGCAAUAUCAACAAGACAUUCAUCAGCUGCAGUGUUCUCUCAUUCAGCAUGGUCAACGGACAGGACACCAGAUUGUUUGCAAACUGCUCUUUCAGAAAUGACUCAGAACCUAAGGAAGUUAACCGUGUCACUGUGUACCAUGUGUUCAGAAACCAGACAAAUGGCAUCACCACCUUACCACCAUAUUCACUGGACAGUAACAGCCUCUAUGUGAACGCACCAACACAGACCACGCCUUCAGCUUUGGAAGGAGUCGCUUUUGAUUUUAACGUCACCUUCAUUGCAACUAAUUUGCGCCCGGCGCCCGAAUUGCAAGAUCCCAAUUCUCAAAUCUUCAAAUCUGCAGCAAGUAAUAUUACUUCCCAGCUCAAUAACGUCUUUGGUAGCAGCAAUAUCAACAAGACAUUCAUCAGCUGCAGUGUUCUCUCAUUCAGCAUGGUCAACGGACAGGACACCAGAGUGUUUGCAAACUGCUCUUUCAGAAAUGACUCAGACCCUAAGGAAGUUAACCGUGUCACUGUGUACCAUGUGUUCAGAAACCAGACAAAUGGCAUCACCACCUUACCACCAUAUUCACUGGACAGUAACAGCCUCUAUGUGAACGCACCAACACAGACCACGCCCUCAGGUUUGGAAGGAGUCGCUUUUGAUUUUAACGUCACCUUCAUUGCAACUAAUUUGCGCCCGGCGCCCGAAUUGCAAGAUCCCAAUUCUCAAAUCUUCAAAUCUGCAGCAAGCAAUAUUACUUCCCAGCUCAAUAACGUCUUUGGUAGCAGCAAUAUCAACAAGACAUUCAUCAGCUGCAGUGUUCUCUCAUUCAGCAUGGUCAACGGACAGGACACCAGAGUGUUUGCAAACUGCUCUUUCAGAAAUGACUCAGACCCUAAGGAAGUUAACCGUGUCACUGUGUACCAUGUGUUCAGAAACCAGACAAAUGGCAUCACCACCUUACCACCAUAUUCACUGGACAGUAACAGCCUCUAUGUGAACGCACCAACACAGACCACGCCUUCAGCUUUAGAAGGAGUCGCUUUUGAUUUUAACGUCACCUUCAUUGCAACUAAUUUGCGCCCGGCGCCCGAAUUGCAAGAUCCCAAUUCUCAAAUCUUCAAAUCUGCAGCAAGCAAUAUUACUUCCCAGCUCAAUAACGUCUUUGGUAGCAGCAAUAUCAACAAGACAUUCAUCAGCUGCAGUGUUCUCUCAUUCAGCAUGGUCAACGGACAGGACACCAGAGUGUUUGCAAACUGCUCUUUCAGAAAUGACUCAGACCCUAAGGAAGUUAACCGUGUCACUGUGUACCAUGUGUUCAGAAACCAGACAAAUGGCAUCACCACCUUACCACCAUAUUCACUGGACAGUAACAGCCUCUAUGUGAACGCACCAACACAGACCACGCCUUCAGCUUUGGAAGGAGUCGCUUUUGAUUUUAACGUCACCUUCAUUGCAACUAAUUUGCGCCCGGCGCCCGAAUUGCAAGAUCCCAAUUCUCAAAUCUUCAAAUCUGCAGCAAGUAAUAUUACUUCCCAGCUCAAUAACGUCUUUGGUAGCAGCAAUAUCAACAAGACAUUCAUCAGCUGCAGUGUUCUCUCAUUCAGCAUGGUCAACGGACAGGACACCAGAGUGUUUGCAAACUGCUCUUUCAGAAAUGACUCAGACCCUAAGGAAGUUAACCGUGUCACUGUGUACCAUGUGUUCAGAAACCAGACAAAUGGCAUCACCACCUUACCACCAUAUUCACUGGACAGUAACAGCCUCUAUGUGAACGCACCAACACAGACCACGCCUUCAGCUUUGGAAGGAGUCGCUUUUGAUUUUAACGUCACCUUCAUUGCAACUAAUUUGCGCCCGGCGCCCGAAUUGCAAGAUCCCAAUUCUCAAAUCUUCAAAUCUGCAGCAAGUAAUAUUACUUCCCAGCUCAAUAACGUCUUUGGUAGCAGCAAUAUCAACAAGACAUUCAUCAGCUGCAGUGUUCUCUCAUUCAGCAUGGUCAACGGACAGGACACCAGAGUGUUUGCAAACUGCUCUUUCAGAAAUGACUCAGAACCUAAGGAAGUUAACCGUGUCACUGUGUACCAUGUGUUCAGAAACCAGACAAAUGGCAUCACCACCUUACCACCAUAUUCACUGGACAGUAACAGCCUCUAUGUGAACGCACCAACACAGACCACGCCUUCAGCUUUGGAAGGAGUCGCUUUUGAUUUUAACGUCACCUUCAUUGCAACUAAUUUGCGCCCGGCGCCCGAAUUGCAAGAUCCCAAUUCUCAAAUCUUCAAAUCUGCAGCAAGUAAUAUUACUUCCCAGCUCAAUAACGUCUUUGGUAGCAGCAAUAUCAACAAGACAUUCAUCAGCUGCAGUGUUCUCUCAUUCAGCAUGGUCAACGGACAGGACACCAGAGUGUUUGCAAACUGCUCUUUCAGAAAUGACUCAGACCCUAAGGAAGUUAACCGUCUCACUGUGUACCAUGUGUUCAGAAACCAGACAAAUGGCAUCACCACCUUACCACCAUAUUCACUGGACAGUAACAGCCUCUAUGUGAACGCACCAACACAGACCACGCCCUCAGGUUUGGAAGGAGUCGCUUUUGAUUUUAACGUCACCUUCAUUGCAACUAAUUUGCGCCCGGCGCCCGAAUUGCAAGAUCCCAAUUCUCAAAUCUUCAAAUCUGCAGCAAGCAAUAUUACUUCCCAGCUCAAUAACGUCUUUGGUAGCAGCAAUAUCAACAAGACAUUCAUCAGCUGCAGUGUUCUCUCAUUCAGCAUGGUCAACGGACAGGACACCAGAGUGUUUGCAAACUGCUCUUUCAGAAAUGACUCAGACCCUAAGGAAGUUAACCGUGUCACUGUGUACCAUGUGUUCAGAAACCAGACAAAUGGCAUCACCACCUUACCACCAUAUUCACUGGACAGUAACAGCCUCUAUGUGAACGCACCAACACAGACCACGCCCUCAGGUUUGGAAGGAGUCGCUUUUGAUUUUAACGUCACCUUCAUUGCAACUAAUUUGCGCCCGGCGCCCGAAUUGCAAGAUCCCAAUUCUCAAAUCUUCAAAUCUGCAGCAAGCAAUAUUACUUCCCAGCUCAAUAACGUCUUUGGUAGCAGCAAUAUCAACAAGACAUUCAUCAGCUGCAGUGUUCUCUCAUUCAGCAUGGUCAACGGACAGGACACCAGAGUGUUUGCAAACUGCUCUUUCAGAAAUGACUCAGACCCUAAGGAAGUUAACCGUGUCACUGUGUACCAUGUGUUCAGAAACCAGACAAAUGGCAUCACCACCUUACCACCAUAUUCACUGGACAGUAACAGCCUCUAUGUGAACGCACCAACACAGACCACGCCUUCAGCUUUGGAAGGAGUCGCUUUUGAUUUUAACGUCACCUUCAUUGCAACUAAUUUGCGCCCGGCGCCCGAAUUGCAAGAUCCCAAUUCUCAAAUCUUCAAAUCUGCAGCAAGUAAUAUUACUUCCCAGCUCAAUAACGUCUUUGGUAGCAGCAAUAUCAACAAGACAUUCAUCAGCUGCAGUGUUCUCUCAUUCAGCAUGGUCAACGGACAGGACACCAGAGUGUUUGCAAACUGCUCUUUCAGAAAUGACUCAGACCCUAAGGAAGUUAACCGUGUCACUGUGUACCAUGUGUUCAGAAACCAGACAAAUGGCAUCACCACCUUACCACCAUAUUCACUGGACAGUAACAGCCUCUAUGUGAACGCACCAACACAGACCACGCCUUCAGCUUUGGAAGGAGUCGCUUUUGAUUUUAACGUCACCUUCAUUGCAACUAAUUUGCGCCCGGCGCCCGAAUUGCAAGAUCCCAAUUCUCAAAUCUUCAAAUCUGCAGCAAGUAAUAUUACUUCCCAGCUCAAUAACGUCUUUGGUAGCAGCAAUAUCAACAAGACAUUCAUCAGCUGCAGUGUUCUCUCAUUCAGCAUGGUCAACGGACAGGACACCAGAGUGUUUGCAAACUGCUCUUUCAGAAAUGACUCAGACCCUAAGGAAGUUAACCGUGUCACUGUGUACCAUGUGUUCAGAAACCAGACAAAUGGCAUCACCACCUUACCACCAUAUUCACUGGACAGUAACAGCCUCUAUGUGAACGCACCAACACAGACCACGCCUUCAGCUUUGGAAGGAGUCGCUUUUGAUUUUAACGUCACCUUCAUUGCAACUAAUUUGCGCCCGGCGCCCGAAUUGCAAGAUCCCAAUUCUCAAAUCUUCAAAUCUGCAGCAAGUAAUAUUACUUCCCAGCUCAAUAACGUCUUUGGUAGCAGCAAUAUCAACAAGACAUUCAUCAGCUGCAGUGUUCUCUCAUUCAGCAUGGUCAACGGACAGGACACCAGAGUGUUUGCAAACUGCUCUUUCAGAAAUGACUCAGACCCUAAGGAAGUUAACCGUGUCACUGUGUACCAUGUGUUCAGAAACCAGACAAAUGGCAUCACCACCUUACCACCAUAUUCACUGGACAGUAACAGCCUCUAUGUGAACGCACCAACACAGACCACGCCUUCAGCUUUGGAAGGAGUCGCUUUUGAUUUUAACGUCACCUUCAUUGCAACUAAUUUGCGCCCGGCGCCCGAAUUGCAAGAUCCCAAUUCUCAAAUCUUCAAAUCUGCAGCAAGUAAUAUUACUUCCCAGCUCAAUAACGUCUUUGGUAGCAGCAAUAUCAACAAGACAUUCAUCAGCUGCAGUGUUCUCUCAUUCAGCAUGGUCAACGGACAGGACACCAGAGUGUUUGCAAACUGCUCUUUCAGAAAUGACUCAGACCCUAAGGAAGUUAACCGUGUCACUGUGUACCAUGUGUUCAGAAACCAGACAAAUGGCAUCACCACCUUACCACCAUAUUCACUGGACAGUAACAGCCUCUAUGUGAACGCACCAACACAGACCACGCCUUCAGCUUUGGAAGGAGUCGCUUUUGAUUUUAACGUCACCUUCAUUGCAACUAAUUUGCGCCCGGCGCCCGAAUUGCAAGAUCCCAAUUCUCAAAUCUUCAAAUCUGCAGCAAGCAAUAUUACUUCCCAGCUCAAUAACGUCUUUGGUAGCAGCAAUAUCAACAAGACAUUCAUCAGCUGCAGUGUUCUCUCAUUCAGCAUGGUCAACGGACAGGACACCAGAGUGUUUGCAAACUGCUCUUUCAGAAAUGACUCAGACCCUAAGGAAGUUAACCGUGUCACUGUGUACCAUGUGUUCAGAAACCAGACAAAUGGCAUCACCACCUUACCACCAUAUUCACUGGACAGUAACAGCCUCUAUGUGAACGCACCAACACAGACCACGCCCUCAGGUUUGGAAGGAGUCGCUUUUGAUUUUAACGUCACCUUCAUUGCAACUAAUUUGCGCCCGGCGCCCGAAUUGCAAGAUCCCAAUUCUCAAAUCUUCAAAUCUGCAGCAAGCAAUAUUACUUCCCAGCUCAAUAACGUCUUUGGUAGCAGCAAUAUCAACAAGACAUUCAUCAGCUGCAGUGUUCUCUCAUUCAGCAUGGUCAACGGACAGGACACCAGAGUGUUUGCAAACUGCUCUUUCAGAAAUGACUCAGACCCUAAGGAAGUUAACCGUGUCACUGUGUACCAUGUGUUCAGAAACCAGACAAAUGGCAUCACCACCUUACCACCAUAUUCACUGGACAGUAACAGCCUCUAUGUGAACGCACCAACACAGACCACGCCCUCAGGUUUGGAAGGAGUCGCUUUUGAUUUUAACGUCACCUUCAUUGCAACUAAUUUGCGCCCGGCGCCCGAAUUGCAAGAUCCCAAUUCUCAAAUCUUCAAAUCUGCAGCAAGCAAUAUUACUUCCCAGCUCAAUAACGUCUUUGGUAGCAGCAAUAUCAACAAGACAUUCAUCAGCUGCAGUGUUCUCUCAUUCAGCAUGGUCAACGGACAGGACACCAGAGUGUUUGCAAACUGCUCUUUCAGAAAUGACUCAGACCCUAAGGAAGUUAACCGUGUCACUGUGUACCAUGUGUUCAGAAACCAGACAAAUGGCAUCACCACCUUACCACCAUAUUCACUGGACAGUAACAGCCUCUAUGUGAACGCACCAACACAGACCACGCCCUCAGGUUUGGAAGGAGUCGCUUUUGAUUUUAACGUCACCUUCAUUGCAACUAAUUUGCGCCCGGCGCCCGAAUUGCAAGAUCCCAAUUCUCAAAUCUUCAAAUCUGCAGCAAGCAAUAUUACUUCCCAGCUCAAUAACGUCUUUGGUAGCAGCAAUAUCAACAAGACAUUCAUCAGCUGCAGUGUUCUCUCAUUCAGCAUGGUCAACGGACAGGACACCAGAGUGUUUGCAAACUGCUCUUUCAGAAAUGACUCAGACCCUAAGGAAGUUAACCGUGUCACUGUGUACCAUGUGUUCAGAAACCAGACAAAUGGCAUCACCACCUUACCACCAUAUUCACUGGACAGUAACAGCCUCUAUGUGAACGCACCAACACAGACCACGCCCUCAGGUUUGGAAGGAGUCGCUUUUGAUUUUAACGUCACCUUCAUUGCAACUAAUUUGCGCCCGGCGCCCGAAUUGCAAGAUCCCAAUUCUCAAAUCUUCAAAUCUGCAGCAAGCAAUAUUACUUCCCAGCUCAAUAACGUCUUUGGUAGCAGCAAUAUCAACAAGACAUUCAUCAGCUGCAGUGUUCUCUCAUUCAGCAUGGUCAACGGACAGGACACCAGAGUGUUUGCAAACUGCUCUUUCAGAAAUGACUCAGACCCUAAGGAAGUUAACCGUGUCACUGUGUACCAUGUGUUCAGAAACCAGACAAAUGGCAUCACCACCUUACCACCAUAUUCACUGGACAGUAACAGCCUCUAUGUGAACGCACCAACACAGACCACGCCCUCAGGUUUGGAAGGAGUCGCUUUUGAUUUUAACGUCACCUUCAUUGCAACUAAUUUGCGCCCGGCGCCCGAAUUGCAAGAUCCCAAUUCUCAAAUCUUCAAAUCUGCAGCAAGCAAUAUUACUUCCCAGCUCAAUAACGUCUUUGGUAGCAGCAAUAUCAACAAGACAUUCAUCAGCUGCAGUGUUCUCUCAUUCAGCAUGGUCAACGGACAGGACACCAGAGUGUUUGCAAACUGCUCUUUCAGAAAUGACUCAGACCCUAAGGAAGUUAACCGUGUCACUGUGUACCAUGUGUUCAGAAACCAGACAAAUGGCAUCACCACCUUACCACCAUAUUCACUGGACAGUAACAGCCUCUAUGUGAACGCACCAACACAGACCACGCCCUCAGGUUUGGAAGGAGUCGCUUUUGAUUUUAACGUCACCUUCAUUGCAACUAAUUUGCGCCCGGCGCCCGAAUUGCAAGAUCCCAAUUCUCAAAUCUUCAAAUCUGCAGCAAGCAAUAUUACUUCCCAGCUCAAUAACGUCUUUGGUAGCAGCAAUAUCAACAAGACAUUCAUCAGCUGCAGUGUUCUCUCAUUCAGCAUGGUCAACGGACAGGACACCAGAGUGUUUGCAAACUGCUCUUUCAGAAAUGACUCAGACCCUAAGGAAGUUAACCGUGUCACUGUGUACCAUGUGUUCAGAAACCAGACAAAUGGCAUCACCACCUUACCACCAUAUUCACUGGACAGUAACAGCCUCUAUGUGAACGCACCAACACAGACCACGCCCUCAGGUUUGGAAGGAGUCGCUUUUGAUUUUAACGUCACCUUCAUUGCAACUAAUUUGCGCCCGGCGCCCGAAUUGCAAGAUCCCAAUUCUCAAAUCUUCAAAUCUGCAGCAAGCAAUAUUACUUCCCAGCUCAAUAACGUCUUUGGUAGCAGCAAUAUCAACAAGACAUUCAUCAGCUGCAGUGUUCUCUCAUUCAGCAUGGUCAACGGACAGGACACCAGAGUGUUUGCAAACUGCUCUUUCAGAAAUGACUCAGACCCUAAGGAAGUUAACCGUGUCACUGUGUACCAUGUGUUCAGAAACCAGACAAAUGGCAUCACCACCUUACCACCAUAUUCACUGGACAGUAACAGCCUCUAUGUGAACGCACCAACACAGACCACGCCCUCAGGUUUGGAAGGAGUCGCUUUUGAUUUUAACGUCACCUUCAUUGCAACUAAUUUGCGCCCGGCGCCCGAAUUGCAAGAUCCCAAUUCUCAAAUCUUCAAAUCUGCAGCAAGCAAUAUUACUUCCCAGCUCAAUAACGUCUUUGGUAGCAGCAAUAUCAACAAGACAUUCAUCAGCUGCAGUGUUCUCUCAUUCAGCAUGGUCAACGGACAGGACACCAGAGUGUUUGCAAACUGCUCUUUCAGAAAUGACUCAGACCCUAAGGAAGUUAACCGUGUCACUGUGUACCAUGUGUUCAGAAACCAGACAAAUGGCAUCACCACCUUACCACCAUAUUCACUGGACAGUAACAGCCUCUAUGUGAACGCACCAACACAGACCACGCCCUCAGGUUUGGAAGGAGUCGCUUUUGAUUUUAACGUCACCUUCAUUGCAACUAAUUUGCGCCCGGCGCCCGAAUUGCAAGAUCCCAAUUCUCAAAUCUUCAAAUCUGCAGCAAGCAAUAUUACUUCCCAGCUCAAUAACGUCUUUGGUAGCAGCAAUAUCAACAAGACAUUCAUCAGCUGCAGUGUUCUCUCAUUCAGCAUGGUCAACGGACAGGACACCAGAGUGUUUGCAAACUGCUCUUUCAGAAAUGACUCAGACCCUAAGGAAGUUAACCGUGUCACUGUGUACCAUGUGUUCAGAAACCAGACAAAUGGCAUCACCACCUUACCACCAUAUUCACUGGACAGUAACAGCCUCUAUGUGAACGCACCAACACAGACCACGCCCUCAGGUUUGGAAGGAGUCGCUUUUGAUUUUAACGUCACCUUCAUUGCAACUAAUUUGCGCCCGGCGCCCGAAUUGCAAGAUCCCAAUUCUCAAAUCUUCAAAUCUGCAGCAAGCAAUAUUACUUCCCAGCUCAAUAACGUCUUUGGUAGCAGCAAUAUCAACAAGACAUUCAUCAGCUGCAGUGUUCUCUCAUUCAGCAUGGUCAACGGACAGGACACCAGAGUGUUUGCAAACUGCUCUUUCAGAAAUGACUCAGACCCUAAGGAAGUUAACCGUGUCACUGUGUACCAUGUGUUCAGAAACCAGACAAAUGGCAUCACCACCUUACCACCAUAUUCACUGGACAGUAACAGCCUCUAUGUGAACGCACCAACACAGACCACGCCCUCAGGUUUGGAAGGAGUCGCUUUUGAUUUUAACGUCACCUUCAUUGCAACUAAUUUGCGCCCGGCGCCCGAAUUGCAAGAUCCCAAUUCUCAAAUCUUCAAAUCUGCAGCAAGCAAUAUUACUUCCCAGCUCAAUAACGUCUUUGGUAGCAGCAAUAUCAACAAGACAUUCAUCAGCUGCAGUGUUCUCUCAUUCAGCAUGGUCAACGGACAGGACACCAGAGUGUUUGCAAACUGCUCUUUCAGAAAUGACUCAGACCCUAAGGAAGUUAACCGUGUCACUGUGUACCAUGUGUUCAGAAACCAGACAAAUGGCAUCACCACCUUACCACCAUAUUCACUGGACAGUAACAGCCUCUAUGUGAACGCACCAACACAGACCACGCCCUCAGGUUUGGAAGGAGUCGCUUUUGAUUUUAACGUCACCUUCAUUGCAACUAAUUUGCGCCCGGCGCCCGAAUUGCAAGAUCCCAAUUCUCAAAUCUUCAAAUCUGCAGCAAGCAAUAUUACUUCCCAGCUCAAUAACGUCUUUGGUAGCAGCAAUAUCAACAAGACAUUCAUCAGCUGCAGUGUUCUCUCAUUCAGCAUGGUCAACGGACAGGACACCAGAGUGUUUGCAAACUGCUCUUUCAGAAAUGACUCAGACCCUAAGGAAGUUAACCGUGUCACUGUGUACCAUGUGUUCAGAAACCAGACAAAUGGCAUCACCACCUUACCACCAUAUUCACUGGACAGUAACAGCCUCUAUGUGAACGCACCAACACAGACCACGCCCUCAGGUUUGGAAGGAGUCGCUUUUGAUUUUAACGUCACCUUCAUUGCAACUAAUUUGCGCCCGGCGCCCGAAUUGCAAGAUCCCAAUUCUCAAAUCUUCAAAUCUGCAGCAAGCAAUAUUACUUCCCAGCUCAAUAACGUCUUUGGUAGCAGCAAUAUCAACAAGACAUUCAUCAGCUGCAGUGUUCUCUCAUUCAGCAUGGUCAACGGACAGGACACCAGAGUGUUUGCAAACUGCUCUUUCAGAAAUGACUCAGACCCUAAGGAAGUUAACCGUGUCACUGUGUACCAUGUGUUCAGAAACCAGACAAAUGGCAUCACCACCUUACCACCAUAUUCACUGGACAGUAACAGCCUCUAUGUGAACGCACCAACACAGACCACGCCCUCAGGUUUGGAAGGAGUCGCUUUUGAUUUUAACGUCACCUUCAUUGCAACUAAUUUGCGCCCGGCGCCCGAAUUGCAAGAUCCCAAUUCUCAAAUCUUCAAAUCUGCAGCAAGCAAUAUUACUUCCCAGCUCAAUAACGUCUUUGGUAGCAGCAAUAUCAACAAGACAUUCAUCAGCUGCAGUGUUCUCUCAUUCAGCAUGGUCAACGGACAGGACACCAGAGUGUUUGCAAACUGCUCUUUCAGAAAUGACUCAGACCCUAAGGAAGUUAACCGUGUCACUGUGUACCAUGUGUUCAGAAACCAGACAAAUGGCAUCACCACCUUACCACCAUAUUCACUGGACAGUAACAGCCUCUAUGUGAACGCACCAACACAGACCACGCCCUCAGCUUUGGAAGGAGUCGCUUUUGAUUUUAACGUCACCUUCAUUGCAACUAAUUUGCGCCCGGCGCCCGAAUUGCAAGAUCCCAAUUCUCAAAUCUUCAUAUCUGCAGCAAGCAAUAUUACUUCCCAGCUCAAUAACGUCUUUGGUAGCAGCAAUAUCAACAAGACAUUCAUCAGCUGCAGUGUUCUCUCAUUCAGCAUGGUCAACGGACAGGACACCAGAGUGUUUGCAAACUGCUCUUUCAGAAAUGACUCAGACCCUAAGGAAGUUAACCGUGUCACUGUGUACCAUGUGUUCAGAAACCAGACAAAUGGCAUCACCACCUUACCACCAUAUUCACUGGACAGUAACAGCCUCUAUGUGAACGCACCAACACAGACCACGCCCUCAGGUUUGGAAGGAGUCGCUUUUGAUUUUAACGUCACCUUCAUUGCAACUAAUUUGCGCCCGGCGCCCGAAUUGCAAGAUCCCAAUUCUCAAAUCUUCAAAUCUGCAGCAAGCAAUAUUACUUCCCAGCUCAAUAACGUCUUUGGUAGCAGCAAUAUCAACAAGACAUUCAUCAGCUGCAGUGUUCUCUCAUUCAGCAUGGUCAACGGACAGGACACCAGAGUGUUUGCAAACUGCUCUUUCAGAAAUGACUCAGACCCUAAGGAAGUUAACCGUGUCACUGUGUACCAUGUGUUCAGAAACCAGACAAAUGGCAUCACCACCUUACCACCAUAUUCACUGGACAGUAACAGCCUCUAUGUGAACGCCGCAUCACCAACACAGACCACAUCUUCAAGUUUGGAAAGAGGUCCUUUUGAUUUUAAUGUGACCUUCAUUGCAACUACUUUGACCUUGGUACCAGAAUUGCAAGAUCCCAAUUCUCAAUUGUUCAUAUCUGCAGCAAGUAAUAUUGCUUUUCAGCUCAAUAAUGUGUUUAGCAGCAGCAGUAUCAGCAAGACAUUCAUCAGCUGCAGUGUUCUCUCAUUCAGCCAGGUCAAUGAACAGGACACCAGAGUGUCUGCAAACUGCUCUUUCAGAAAUGACUCAGACCCUAAGGAAGUUAACCGUGUCACUGUGUACCAUGUGUUCAGAAACCAGACAAGCGGCAUCACCACCUUACCACCAUAUUCACUGGACAGUAACAGCCUCUACGUAAACGCACCAACACAGACCACAUCUUCAAAUUUGGAAAGAGGUCCUUUUGAUUUUAACGUGACCUUCAUUGUUACCAGUUUGUCCUCAGUAGCAAAUUUACAAGAUCCCAAUUCACCACUGCACAAAUCUGCAGCAAUUAAUAUUGCUUCCCAGCUCAAUAACGUGUUUGGUAGCAGCAAUAUCAACAAUGCAUUCAUCAGCUGCAGUGUUCUUUCAUUCAGCCCAGUCAAUCUUCAGGACACCAGAGUGUUUGCAAACUGCUCUUUCAGAAAUGACUCAGACCCUAAGGAAGUUAACCGUGUCACUGUGUACCAUGUGUUCAGAAACCAGACAAAUGGCAUCACCACCUUACCACCAUAUUCACUGGACAGUAACAGCCUCUAUGUGAACGCCUCAUCACCAAUACAAACCAUAUCUCCAAGCUUGCAAACAAAUCCCUUUGAUUUUAAUGUGACCUUCAUUGCAACUAACUUGGCCUCAUCAGCAAAUUUUCUGGAUCCCAAUUCACCGCUGUACAAAUCUGCAGCAAUUAUUAUUGCGUCCCAGCUGAACAAUCUGUUUAGCAAAAGUAAUAUCAACAGAACGUUCAUCAGCUGUAGAGUUCUCUCAUUCAGCACUAUAAAUAUACAGGACACGAGAGUGCAGGCAAUCUGUCAUUUUGGGAAUGAUUCUGACCCUCAGGAAGUUAACAGGGUUUCUGUGUACCAUGUGUUCAGAGACGAGACAAGUGACAUCUCCUCCUUGGGAAUAUAUUCACUGGACAGGAACAGCCUCUACGUGAAUGGUAUUUAUCACCCAUAG